CAAACGACGCCGUUGUGUUUGUCCACUUCUCUCACCAACCCAAAAAUCAAGACGCCGUUUCCCUUGUGAACCAUUUGAACAAUCAAACACUUUCUUUAUAAACACUCCCACUUGCUUUCGGAUCUUUCCACCAACCUUCCCCUAAAAGAUCUUGCUUUCCUUCCAUCUCUUCGUCCCCGAAAUCUAUAGCCAUGGCAGCCACAGCCUCAACCACCUCUCAUUCCCUUCUCCUCCAAAAGACCCCUCAAAAUCACGCCUUUCUUAAACCCAACUCCACCACCUUCACUCUCACCUAUCAAAGGUCUCCCAAACCCUUCUCCAUCUCUUGUUCAGCAACUACUCCUACCCAAGAUCGCCCCUUGGUCCAAUCCCAACCUCAAGAUCGGGUCUUUAACUUCGCCGCUGGACCCGCCACCUUACCCGAGAACGUUCUCCUCAAGGCCCAAUCCGAGCUUUACAACUGGCACGGAUCUGGCAUGAGCGUUAUGGAAAUGAGCCACCGUGGAAAAGAUUUCCGUUCUAUUAUUGAAAAAGCAGAGGCCGAUCUUCGUGCCCUCCUCAACAUCCCUGAGGACUAUGCCGUUUUGUUCCUCCAAGGUGGCGCCACGACCCAGUUCGCUGCUGUCCCUUUGAAUCUCUCUCGGCCAGAUGACACCGUUGAUUAUCUGGUUACCGGCUCGUGGGGAGACAAGGCUUUCAAGGAAGCUCAGAAAUAUUGCAAGCCAAAAGUCAUUUGGAAUGGAAAAUCAGAGAAAUACGUCAGGGUCCCUUCGUUUGAUGGUUUAGAACAAAGCCCAAAUGCCAAGUAUUUGCAUAUAUGCGCUAAUGAAACUAUUUAUGGGGUUGAGUUCAAGGAAUAUCCAGUGCCCAGCAACCCAAAUGGGGUUCUUGUAGCUGAUAUGUCUUCCAAUUUUUGUUCCAAGCCUGUUGAUGUAACCAGGUUUGGGUUGAUUUAUGCUGGUGCGCAGAAGAAUGUGGGGCCAGCAGGGGUUUGCAUCGUGAUCGUCAGGAAGGAUCUUAUAGGAAAUGCACAAGAGAUUAGCCCAGUGAUGCUUGAUUACAAGAUCCAUGCUGAGAACAACUCCUUGUAUAAUACACCUCCUUGUUUUGGGAUUUAUAUGUGUGGGUUGGUGUUUGAAGAUCUUUUGAAACAGGGAGGACUGGAAGAGGUUGAGAAGAAGAAUAAAAAAAAAGCUGGUAUAUUAUACAAUGCCAUUGAUGAAAGCAAGGGAUUCUACAGGUGUCCUGUUGAGAAAUCAGUAAGGUCACUGAUGAAUGUGCCAUUUACAUUGGAGAAGCCAGAGUUGGAGGCUGAGUUUUUGAAGGAAGCUGAUAGGGAGAAGAUGGUGCAGCUCAAGGGACAUAGGUCGGUGGGGGGCAUGCGAGCUUCUAUUUAUAAUGCUAUGCCCUUGGCUGGAGUUGAGAAGUUAGUUGCGUUCAUGAAGGAUUUCCAGGCAAGGCAUGCAUGAUUCAUGCCUCUUGCUAUACAAGGGCGGUGGUUCUUUUUUUUUUUUUUUUUUUUCUCAUGAAGGUGUUUUUGUUCUCUCUUUAUGUUUGCUUUCGUUUUUAUAAUGUCGGGUAGGUUUUUAAGUACUAUGGAUGAUAAACUGCAAGCUAUUCUUUGGGAAAUGCUGGAAGUUCCAAGCAGCGGAAGUUUAGCAAGAUUUUUGUAAGAGAUUGACAUGAUUUGCUACUUUCGUCUCUGUUUUAGCUUCUUCGUCGUACAAUGUUAAAUAAUAAUCUAAUAAAAAGAAGGUGGCUUGAAUUUUUAUGUUUUA